AUGUUAAAGAACCAGUGUGAGGAAUACUUAGAGCAGAAAGCUUGGGCAGAAUCUGCAGUUCUCUGCUGUCUACACUUAGAAAAACUCAAGCUGUUCUGUCUGGAUCAUCAUCAGCCGGCAUGUGUCAUCUGCAGAGACUCUAGAAUACACACCAACCACACAAUGAGGCCCAUCUAUGAAGCUGCUAAAGAUUUCAAGAACAAGCUCCAGAAAUUACUGGAGACCCUUCAGUACAAGCUUAAUAAAUUUAAGAACAUCAAAGAAGACUGUGACAAAGCUAGAAAACUCAUCGAGACCCAGGCUGCAAACACAGAGCAGCAGAUAAAGGAGCAUUUUAAGAAACUUCAUCAGUUUCUAGAGGAGGAGGAGGAGGCCAGAAUCUCUGCACUUAGAGAGGAGGAGGAGCAGAAGAUUCACAGGAUAAAGAAGGAGGUGGAAGCCCUGAGCAGAGAGACAGCAGCUCUUUCUGACACAGUCAGAGCCACAGAGGAAGAGCUGAGAACUGAAGAUGUCUUCUUCCUGAAAAGCUGCAAGGCUGCAGUGGAAAGAGUCAAGCAGUGCUCCCAGCUGGAGGAUCCACAGCUGCCCGCUGGAGCUGUGAUAGAUGUGGCCAAACACCUGGGCAAUCUGAGGUUCAACAUCUGGAGCAAGAUGAAUGACUUGGUCUCAUACAGUCCUGUGAUUUUUGACCCAAACACAACUCACAUCACGCUGUCUGAAGACCUGACUGGUGUGAGAGAAGGUGAGGGUGUUGCAGAGGGCUCUGAAGGCUUCGACUCAGGGUGUCACAGCUGGGACAUCAGGAUUGAUUGGAAUUAUGGUGAAGAUGAAGUUUCAGAGAGCAUAUGGGCCCAAAGAAUCAGAGUGAGUCUGGACUGGGACAGAGGAGAGCUGUCAUUCUCUGAUCCUUACACUGACACACACAUCCACACCUUCACACACUUUCACUGA